CUCAAAUCAAACACGCUCUAUUUCAAACACAAAUUAAGCCGACUGCCUCUCUGUAUCUGCUUUCAUUGUCAAACUCCCGGUUUCAAUGCAAUGUUGUAGGGAACAAGAACAUCCCAAGCUCACGUCAACUUAACAUCCAGAGUGAAAGAACCUCAGUUUGCCUCGUUCUUUCACUCCCACAUUCACUUCUAGUCCUUAUAUGUAGGAAAUACGCACAAUGAUAUCGUCUCGCAUACCUUCUCGUACCGUUCCAACAGAACAUUCGCGCCGCCCAAUCGAAGUCAUCGAAGAGGCGGAGCAACAAUGGAUUUACACAGAAGAAGAGCUCCUUCGGUCCCCAUCGAUAUGUGAUGGAUUGCCCCCCGAAGAAGAACGCACGUACAGAUACAAAGGGUACAAUUUUAUCUCACAGGUGGGCGUUAUGCUCAAAUUGCCGCAGACGACGAUCAGUUCUGCGACUGUAUUUUUUAACCGGUUUUUGAUGAGAUAUUCGCUCAAAGCAAGCAAGAGCGGAGAGAAGAAGUUGCAUCAUUACCAAAUAGCAGCGACCGCACUCUUUCUUGCCACAAAAGUCGAAGAGCAUUGCCGCAAAGUGCGAGAAUUGGUCAUAGCAUGCUGUCGUGUCGCACAGAAGAACCCAAAUCUGAUAGUUGACGAGAACACGAAAGACUACUGGCGUUGGCGGGAUACGAUUAUUCUCAACGAGGACGUUUUGCUCGAGCUAUUAUGCUUCGAUCUCACCGUUGAGUCACCUUAUAAUAUCUUGUUCGGUCUAUUACAAUAUUACGGCGUUGAGAAACAAAAGAAGCUGCGGGAUGCUGCGUGGUCGUUCAUCAACGACAGUAAUCUAACGCAGGCAUGCCUCCUGUUCACGUCUAGAACGAUCGCGUGCGCUGCGUUAUGGUUCGCAGCGAGGCAGACAGAUAGCGCAUUUGGAGAUGGAGAGGACGGAAAACCAUGGUGGGAGGUGCAAAAGGUGCCACUCCGGCAGAUUAAGCGAGCAAUGAAUUAUAUGGCCGAUUUCUACACAAAUGCUCCGGGUGGCAUGCAACUCAAGACUGGCAGUGAGAGCGUCUAUGUAGGUCUUCGGUCUCCGCUCGACAAUGCAGAGGAUGAUACAAGGACGAGGCUUAUGAAGGAGCAGACGCCGCUUACACCCGUGAGAAUGGAGAGAAGUGGUAGCGAAUUGAGCACUAAGAGAGAAAGAGAAGAUGAAGAGACUACGAUGGCAAAUGGCAUUGGUUCCACGACAACAAAUGGAUCGAGCUCCAGGAUACCAGCGGGGGCAGUGACGGGGUUAAGCCCUGCGAAGAAGAUCAAGCUAGAUGAUAGAAAUCCAGCGCCUCCCACAGGGAGCGAGACUGAUAACGGGGCUGAGGCUGCUAAGACGGAGCAGAAAGAGGAUGCGGGCAGUGAAGAAGGUGAAGUUGAGGAAUGAAUUUCGCCAUGAAUUCUUUCACAUAUCAUGCCACCAGAACACCUGUCCUCGCCUUCAAAGGGCCAGGCGUGUCGGUCACAAAAUCACGCGCGCGGUUCUGAUUUUCGAACUUCCAGCAUACAUGAGGAAGUUGUAAAACAAGACCCAACCACUUGCUAGGAGGUUCAAAUCGGAAUGAAUGCCGAAAUGACAGCAGCACAGAUGACGACAACAAACGUCCGCGUAAUAAAGACGGGGAGGCUCUGGCGUUCACCGUCCCAACCAAAACCUACGCACACUCGAAGGUUUAGAGCGGCGGACUCCGCUAGCUGGCGGGAUGUUGGCAAUAUAAGUGGCGAUAUUAGCCUUUAUAUUUAGCGAACAAAAGCUUUUAGGUUUUUCACGACCCUCAGUAACGAGUAUGAUAAACGAGGAUGGAUAAUAGACAUAACCUUAGUUUUGAUUAGUGAACGUACCUUGUACAAGGCCUCUGCAAUAUAUGUAGUUUGAAUGACCGCGUCUAAUGA